GGCUGGCACGGGAUGACGCAAUGGAACAUGGCCCGCCACCAUUGGCUGCGGCGUGGACUCCGCCCUCCGAACUGCGGAUCUGGCGUAGGUUGCACGUCUUAACGCAGGCGGCGGAGGAGGCGGCGGCGGCGGUAGCGGUGCUGGGGAGACUCAGCAGUCAGUGCCGGAGGGCUGGGUCCCCAGCCUGGGAAAAGAUGGCCCCUCAACCCCCAAGGGACCUGGUCCCAGCUCUCCUCUGGGGCCUGAGCCUCUUCUUCAGCCUGCCAGGCCCAGUUUGGCUCCAGCCCUCUCCGCUUCCCCAGAGUUCUCCCCCAACUGAGCCCCAUCCGUGUCAUACGUGCCGGGGAUUGGUAGACAGCUUUAACAAGGGCCUGGAGAGAACCAUUCGGGACAACUUUGGAGGUGGAAACACUGCCUGGGAAGAAGAGAAGUUGUCUAAAUACAAAGACAGUGAGACCCGCCUGGUAGAGGUGCUUGAGAGCGUGUGCAGCAAGUCAGACUUUGAAUGCCACCGCCUGCUGGAGCUGAGUGAGGAGCUAGUGGAGAGCUGGUGGUUUCACAAGCAGCAGGAAGCCCCAGAUCUCUUCCAGUGGCUCUGCUCAGAUUCCCUGAAGCUCUGCUGCCCCUCAGGCACCUUUGGGCCCUCCUGCCUUCCCUGUCCUGGGGGUGCAGAGAAACCUUGCGGUGGAUACGGGCGGUGUGAAGGGGAAGGGACGCGAGGGGGCAGCGGGCACUGUGACUGCCAAGCCGGCUAUGGGGGUGAGGCUUGUGGCCAGUGCGGCCUCGGCUACUUUGAGGCGGAGCGCAACGCCAGCCAUCUGGUAUGUUCGGCUUGUUUUGGUCCCUGUGCCCGCUGCUCAGGACCUGAGGAAUCAAACUGUUUACAGUGCAAGAAGGGCUGGGCCCUGCAUCACCUCAAGUGUGUAGAUAUCGAUGAAUGUGGCACAGAGCGAGCCAACUGUGGAGCUGACCAAUUCUGCGUGAACACCGAGGGCUCCUAUGAGUGCCGAGACUGUGCCAAGGCUUGUCUGGGCUGCAUGGGGGCAGGGCCGGGCCGCUGUAAGAAGUGUAGCCCUGGCUACCAGCAGGUGGGCUCCAAGUGUCUUGAUGUGGACGAGUGUGAGACAAAGGUGUGCCCAGGAGAGAAUGAGCAGUGCGAGAACACAGAGGGCAGUUACCGCUGUGUCUGUGCAGAGGGCUACAAACAGAUUGAGGGCAUCUGUGUGAAGGAGCAGAUCCCAGAGUCAGCAGGCUUCUUCUCGGAGAUGACAGAGGACGAGGUGGUGGUGCUGCAGCAGAUGUUCUUUGGUGUCAUUAUCUGUGCACUGGCCACGCUGGCCGCCAAGGGUGACUUGGUUUUCACCGCCAUCUUCAUUGGGGCUGUGGCGGCCAUGACUGGCUACUGGUUGUCAGAGCGCAGUGACCGUGUGCUGGAAGGGUUCAUCAAGGGCAGAUAAUCUCUGCCACACCUGCAGGAUCUCCUACCCAGGCUGCCCCCAGAGGUCAGGCCUUCCCUACCUGAACACUCAAGGUAGCUUGCUUUAUUUUUGAGAGUGGGUAAGCAACCCCUACCCACCUGUGAAGCAGCCCAGGCACCUGGGCAGGUGAGGUCCCUGGGGUGAGACAGUAGCCCUAAAGGUGGACACCAUGAGAUCUUGGCCUUGGGGGGCGUGGGCAAGCUUCACAAUGUGUGUGGAUUUUAAAAGAAAAGUGUCUCCUUAUGGUGGCUGCUAGUGAGCUUUGGCCCCUACUCAGGAUGAGGGGGGUACCUGCAGGGGUGAGCCCAUCACAGCUUCCUCUUGCCAGCUGCAUGCUGCCAGCACCUGUUCCGUAUUCAGCCCCCACCCCUUUAGCCACUGAUUUAUUUAUUCAUCUCAGGAAAUAAAAAAAGGUCUUGAAAAAUG